GGCGCAAAUCUGCUGUUUACCGUUACAUUGUUGUCGGCCAGAAGGUCGACAACAGGGGGGUUAAUAUGCUACGGUGCACCUUCUGCAAUAAGGUGUUUCAGGGAACCCAAUUCUACGCAACGAAACACUUCACCCAGCAGAAUUAUUGCAAGAAGGUGUCCGAUGAUGCAUUGUACCAGAUUGCUCAGAAAUGCACACACCGCUUCGAGGCUGAUCAGGUAGAGAGGGUGCGGCGGUUCGCACACGAGCGUGGUUUCGAUGUCCCACGGUCGGGUGCGAUGGGUGGCGAGGCGGAGCGUCCGGCACAGGGCGUGGGCGAGGGAGAGGAUACCGAGCAUUAUGCGGAGGGAGGUAUUGCGAGAUAUGGGGAGGGUGCGGGUGCCGCGGAGGAGGACGAGGCAGACGUUGACCUAGGGGUUGGCGUGGCUGAGGGGGAGCGGACACCGAGGGGAGAGGGGGGCUGGGAGCGGAAGUGCGGGAAGAAGGCCGUCCCGCCUGAGACGACAUGCACGCCGAGUUCUUCGAAGAAUGCUGUUCCUGAUAGAGCAAGCACGCCGGCUUCUUCGAAGAGGAAGGAGGGGGGUGCACAACUUUCUGGCACCAGUGCAGGGAAGAGGCUGCGGCAACAGAAAAUGACGGACACGUAUGGUGGCGAGUGGAUUGGUGAGUGGAGGAAGGCAUUCUUUCGCUGGGUGUAUUCCAGCGGGAUUGCCUUCAAUGCCUUCCGCAAUACGCCGUACGGAGACCUCCAGCAGGUUGCUCUUCGGCAACCUGGUGGAGCACCUCUUCCCGUGCUUCCAUCCCACAACGAGAUUGCAGACAUGCGAACUGUGGAGAUCCACCGCGAGCAGUUGGCGGAGGAGUUGGAGGAGGUUAGGCAGCCAUUAUGGGUGAGUGGCGCCACCCUCCUCUCUGACGGGAGGAAGUCACGAGAUGGGCGACCGAUCGUGAACUUCCUCGCAGCUGGGUCUCGGGGGGUCGUCAUGUACACGACGAUCAACCGAGAGGGGGAGCCGGACGAUGCGGUGCACGUCCUACAGAGAUGGGUCGCCAUCUUUCAUGAUUUCAGAUUCGGUGGCCUACAGCGGGUCAAUGCUAUAUGCACUGACUCCGCCUGUGCAUACGUGGGGGCUGCGAGGGCUUUGGCCUCGCCAUCUAUGCCCCCUGAGCUGAGGAGGAUCACUUGGCUCUCGUGUUGCGUCCAUGUCUGCUACAAGUUGUUGUCAGACAUUGGCACGAUCUGCACCUCUUUCGUGGACACGAUCACGCGUGCCCGAGCUCUGGUGGUGUUUUUCAAAACCCACCAGGCCGCUCUCAGCUUCUUUCGGAAGCGGAGCGCGGCGUUGGGCCUCGUGCUUUCAUGCGAGACGCGCUUUGCGUCCGCCCGUAUACAGCACAUGAUGGAGCCUGCACACUGCGCCGCGUUCUUACUGAACCCCCGUCGCCGGAAUGUUCAGUACUUCUCCGCGCAGCUCGACCGGUACCACACUUGGCUUGUUCGACAAGCCAAGAUGUAUCUAUUGUCUCAGACGCGCCACGACGAGUUGGGUGGUCGUUACCUUGAGGUAUGUCGACAGUUCGAGGACUUUCACAUGCAGCAGGGUAGGUAUGGGUUUUGGGGCGGGGCAGAGGGGUGCGCUCAGCCUCGUAGUUCCAUCGGAGACUGCGAGACGUUGGAGUGUGCGUCGUGGUGGUCUCAGUACGGGGGAGACGCGCCCGAUUUACAACAUUGCGCUCUUCGUUUGAUGCACAUGUGGUCCUGUGCCUCUCCAGCGGAGAGAAACUGGGCGGUCCACGAGGGCAUCCAUACGAAGAAGCGUAAUCAGUUGGCCUUCGAGAAGGUCGUUCAUCUUGUUGAGAUCACCGCAAAUGUGCGGUUGAUGGAGUAUAGACGUGCAGGUUGUGGAUACGUCCUCCCUUGGCAGCGAGACGAGGGCAUGCUUGACGCUCAGGCGGGAUUGGACGUGGAGCCUGUGCGCUCGGGGACGAGGAGUGGGAUGACGGAGGAGGAGAUCGAGGAGCAGGCUGCCCUCAUUGCGCGAUCCCAUUGGGUCUUCUGCGCCGCCCCUUCAUCCGCUCCGCCCGCUCCCGUUCGGCGUGACGAGCGCUCACCUGCACCGGUUGGGAGGGAGGACUUGGGAUCCUCGUUGCACAUCCGCGGGCAUGGAUCACUGUUUAGCGUAGCCCGUCAGCUCCUUUUGGACCCGCGUGCAUCGAGCGACUUGGGGGAGAUGGGUGUUUAUAGCGGGGCACCACCGGUGGAGGAGAGGGAGAGACGAGCGGAGGAGCACGGAGCCGCCGGAGCGGCCGGAGUUGAGGGUAUUCGGGGUAUGGAGGAGGAGGUAGCUGGAGUAGUGGGGGGCGUGGUGGCGGUAGAUGAUGGUGCGCACGUCGAGAGAGAGGAGGCCAUGGCGAGGGUUGAUGAUGGUGACGAUGAGGGAGAGGAGGCCAUGGCGAGGGACGAUGAUGGAGAGGAGGCUGUGGCAGGGGUAGAGGAGAGCGUGGCAGGGAUAGAUGAUGGUGAUGCCCAAGUUGAGAUGGAGGAGGAUGUGGUGAGGGCAGAUGCUGCUGCGUUGGUUGGGGGAGAGGAGGGUGUGGUAGGGGGGGACGUCGCCCGUGGUAGAGGAGAGGGAGGCGGUGACCUUGACCCGAUCAUCCAGCGUUUUGUCGAUGACGAGAUGGGUCCCGCGCUAGCGGGUUUGACCCCGGGCACGAGGAGGGCACUGGGGGCAUCGCCAUCAGGACAGAGGGGGGCGUCAGGGCUGGGGAUGGGGGAUUUCAUGGACAUGUCUUUGGGGGAUCCGCCCACCCCUGGAUACAACUCGCCUCCUUCGAGAUCACGUCACAGCGAUUCCCCCUCGACACCAGUCGGUUGGGCCCCCCGUUCACCAUCCACGCCCACCAGACCCAGGGUUCGUGACAUGACGGCCGUAUGGAGCCUCCCUCUUGACACGUCGCUAUUCGGGAGGACGGAUAUCGACCUGGACUCCAUACGUCGGGUCACAGUGCACACUGCACGACAACAGCCAGGUUUGGGUGGGGCUGACUCCGGGAGGGGUGCGCCGAGGGAGGUCAUGGCGGCAGUAUCUCAGCUGCGAGAUGUUCGCGGGGUUGGACAGGCCGGAUGUACCUUGCAGGCCGCUUUGGCAGCCGCAGCACGUGGUGUGCGUGAGCAGACUUCGCGCAGGAGCGGAGUCGCUCGUACGAGUUCCAUGCCUCAGAUGAUGCCUACCACGGGGGAUGCCUCGUUGGAGGAGUCUUCUGGAGCCGAGGGGUUGGAGAUGCCGCGCGGUUCUCGUCGUGAGAAGACAGUCGCAGAGGUGACUCAUGUGAGUGCUAGGCUUGUUCGGGUGAGGACGGGGGCUGCCCAUGUGACCGUGGUGGAGGACGAUCCCGAGACGGAGCCUGCAUGUGAGGAGGCCCCACAGGAGGGUGACGAGUACAGGGACGACGAGGAGCGUGCGGAGGAGGAGAGCGAUAACGGGGAUGAUGACAGCUACCACGACGACGACGACGAGCCCUCCCCUUCACCACAUUCUCGUAGACGACGUGGCUCUCGUAGAGGACAUGAUGACGUAGACGACCCGUCCCCUCCAGGGCGGCGGGAGACGAGGAGUCGGAGGAGGCGAGGGUCAUCCGUUGCGACAGCGCCGGGGCGAGGGAGUGUUUCGUCGACACGCAACACGAGUGGGGCGAGGCAGAGAGGCAGUGGUAAGGGGAAGGGAAGUCGACGGUAUUGACAGUUUCGUUCCCCUUUCAGUGCUUCCACGACGCCUUUAUGUUGUUUGGGCUUAGUGUUCUGACAUUGUUGUAUAUUGUUUAGGAUGAUGUACAUAUAGUUAGGUUUUAGGGACUUCGGACCAGUUCAUGAACUUCAGCAUGAAGGUAGACUGGGUAGUGUCGUCGACAGUGUUUGUUUGUUUCGUUUUUCGGUUUAUGUACGUCGUUUUCAUAUUGUUUUUUAGUUAUUGGGUUUUUGUUAGAGGUGGGACUUCAUUCUGACUUGUCGUUUUACGUAGAUGUUUGUUAGGGUUUUAUUUUCAGCUAUGUUAGUUAGCAGUGUAGGCUGCAUACCAUCG